GCGCUGUUCCUCUUCAGCUGUUCCUGUCGGUGACGGUGCAACUUAUUAUCGGUCGUCCCGAACCCGGGUUCAUCCGACACCGGAACCGCGCGCCAGUGUACUACCCGCGAGGAUGCCUCCCAAAUUCGAUCCCAACGAAGUUAAAAUCGUGUAUCUCCGAUGUACUGGGGGUGAAGUUGGUGCUACUUCAUCACUGGCUCCCAAGAUUGGCCCACUGGGUCUGUCUCCCAAGAAAGUAGGUGAUGACAUUGCCAAGGCUACAGGUGACUGGAAAGGACUGCGUAUAACUAUCAAACUGACUAUUCAAAAUCGACAGGCACAGAUUGAAGUUGUUCCAUCAGCUUCUGCCCUCAUCAUCAAAGCUCUGAAGGAGCCUCCUCGUGAUAGGAAGAAGCAAAAGAACAUCAAACACAGUGGCAGCAUCACCUUCGAUGAAGUGGUUGCUAUUGCCCGACAAAUGAGGCACCGUUCUCUGGCCAGGGAACUUGCAGGAACUGUGAAGGAAAUUCUGGGAACUGCUCAGUCCAUUGGCUGCAACAUUGAUGGCAAACACCCCCACAGUGUGAUUGAGGAUAUCAACCAGGGCAAGAUUGAGGUUCCCUCAGAAUAAAAUGGAGGUGUCAAGUUUCCAAAUAAAGCAUUUUCUAAAAAAAACUUGGUGUUUGAAUCUUUUAAAAUUUCAAACUGUAGCUGAAAUUUUUGAAUCAUUUGAUCACUGUCGAACUAAGAAUCUGAUUAUGGUGUUUGUACUCACUCCAUCCAGUUUGGGGUAUUUGACUUUAACCACUUGAUCUUCUCAUGCAAGUGUGAUUUGGUGGUCUGUCUUUCCCACGUACAAUAAUUUUAUGCUUGUGUGAAGUGUUGCAAUUGGAGUUCAGCAUGCAGUAAAGGCAGGAACAGAA